AAAAGGGAAAUACCGAAAUCCGGGAAACCACUGUAACAACGCAUACGCAUGGAAAGAAGGGAAGGAUGAUCAAUCUUGCAAGAGAAGAAAGAGUUUGUAAUUACUCGAACUAGCUAGUUUGUUAUAACCGUUUCCCGCCAUUUUCCGCUCCCUUUUCUUCUAUAAAUAUGUAUCUUCUGAAAAACGGUUUCAUUUUCCAUUUUCCAUUUUCUCUCUUCACACGAAUUUUCACUCUGAAUCCAUUUUCUCUACUACUCUUCACUGAAAAUGAGUAUCCGAAAACUGAGUUACGAAGAAUCACGGCCACUCUAUUCGCUUCUCAAUCAAGACCAGCGUCCACUCAAUGAGAUCCUCGCCGAGUUCGAUUCAACCUUUCCUCAAGAACGCCGUUACGAUCUCUGUUCAUACCUUGUCAGGAUUCUUAAGGACAACAGGUUACUCAACACAACAGAGCGGUUAAUUGGUUUUGCGCUUUUGAUUGAGGCCUAUUCGGCCAAGAAGUCAGGUUCAAAUCCCUUCAUAAACCUCAUCAAACAUGUAAGCUACUUUUUGCACUGCUACAACUGUUUUGCUCAUCUGGUCGAGGGUUAUUCAUCUGUGAAUUCAACCUCAAAUCCAUUCAUAGAUUUCAUCAGAAGUGCUUCCUAUCAUGAAGGGUCCAAAAAUGUUGAGAAGGCAUUUAUUAUGCACCUAAUUGAUGGCUCCCUUAAUGACACAGAGUUUCUUAAACAGUCUGCAUCAGAUUAUGUGACAAGAUUUGAGCAUCAUGACCCUAAUGAUCGCAAGCUUUGGUGGGACUAUGGUAUGUGCAUUGAUACUGGUAGAAGGGCUGCAUUAAGGAAAUUGAUUGCAAAAGCUCUAAAUGAAGCUCUUACAUCUCGACAACAAGAGGAUUUCCUAGUGGCUCUUGCAAGGGAUCCAGAGAUUAGAUAUCACCGUGGACUUUUUGGUGAAACGAUUUAUCACUGUGGACUGACUCCAAGAAAGUUUCAGGAACUGGUGGAAAAAAAUCCUCGAAUUGCUGUUGAAAUUCUUGCUAAUCUGAUAAAAUCUCCUUACAAAUCAGAAGAAUACCUGACAGCACUUUGCGAUAUGGGCUUGAAUCUACAUUCAAUGGAAGUUAUGAAUGGGCUUAUAACAGCAGUUGUACCAGAGUCAGAAUUCUUUCAGUCAGAAUACUUUCAGAUGUACAUAACUACUUGUAUUUCAUCCUGUAUGAACUUCAAGGAUGAUGAACCCAUGCAGAACAGGCUUGUGAAACCUUUUUGUACUUUACUGACCGACCUGGUUCGGAAAAAAAUUGUCAAUGUUGCAGCUAUAAAUGAUGAAGUUAACGCGUUGUGCGGACAAUUUGAAGAGGCCUCAUUUUCACUAAUGAUGGAGUUGUUGGCGCCAUCACUUGUUGCCUGGCUAAAAAAUCAUGAAUUGCCCGGCUAAGAUACUUUCUUUGUGUGAUUGUUUGUUUUGUCAUACAAACAAAACAAGUGUAACAGAUUUGGCACUAUGUUGUGAUAAAGAUUAACUUUGAAUUUGCUUUCAAAAUCUUAACCUUAACAAUGCUACUCACAUUUGAGAUAUACAAUCCUUGUUCAUUUGAAGAACAC